GGUGGCCAUGAGACUGUCAUUCUGUCAUGAAUGCAUUUUGUGCGCGAGUGUUGAAUCGCAGUUCUUGACAAAGUAUCGACAGAUGCCUGGAUGAAGUUAAAUUAGACAAUUGCCUUUGUUUAUUCUCAAUGGAUCUGGCUGAGCAGGUGGAGCAGGUGUUGAUGGUGUGUCCAGACAUUCCAAGAGCAGAUAUUGAAAGAGAUUUAUCGGUGACGGCAGACGUUCAGGAGACUAUCAACCGAAUCUUCGAAGGCAAUUUUCUAGUUGGCGCUGCACCACAACACGAGCUGCCGCCCGCAGUAGCUGAAAGACAACUUUCAUCCCCAACUCCAUUGAAUGAAAAGGAGCUCUCAUCCCAUCAUCAACCAAGAAAUCAGGACAACCAUAACAGCAGAUUGCAUCAGCACGAUUUUGGAAUUACCGGGUGCGGAAGCAGUACAGACACUUGUUCUGAUAAGCAUACUGAUUCUGAUGAUGCUAGCGAUUGCAGUGACCUGCCAGAUAUUAGCCUUCGUCAGAGAGUUACGCGGCAAGAUUUAAGCAGUUUUGAUGAAGAGGUAGUGGCAUGGUCUCCAUCUCCUAACUUUGAAUCUGGUGAAGGUCCCAGUACUUGCAGUCCUAUAUCGCUAUCAAGUCGUGACUCUGACAGUGAAAAUUCCAACACCGAGAAUCGCUCCCCCAGCCAAGAUUUAUCAGAACGGAGCUUGAGAAGAACUGGAACAUCGCCAGAAUACGACAUCUUAGAACACAAUGCUAAUGUGGUUCAUCACUCAACUGGAAAGCAGCUGGACAAAAUACAGGGUUCCGAGACUUUUGAGAAAGAAAUUAACUUCGAAGGCAUUGAAACGGUAGGACUUCCUGAUCAAGGCGAUUGUCGCUCAGGGAAUAAUACAAUGGAUUCCAAUGGUGGAUGCAGUCCCAUGUCAAUUUCUAGUGAUGAAGAAGAAGGCAUCACCUUGUCGUUACUUCACCGAAUACGCAGCAAACAGACCAAAAAUCAUCAAACUGUUGUUGAAAACUACCGAUCCAGUCACCCUCAAGACAAGGCAGACACUUGUGGCGUCACAACUACUAAAAACGAUUACCAAAGCUACAAGGCCUCCGAUAGGAAUGUUGCCAAUCUUUCCCAUGACAGAAAGAAAACAGACUGUCCCAAGACUGGUUCGAAAAAGUACCACGACAUUUCGUCAGAUGACGAGGACGAUGCUUCCGUGAGAACAAAUUCUUCAUCAACUUGUCACUCUCGUCUGCCCGAAUCAGGACACUGUGCAUCAAGGUGGCAAGAAGACGAGCAGACAUUACACUCUUCUCAGGGUACAUCGUGUAGUAGCAGUGCUCUUUCUCAAGAGAGUAGUUAUGACACGGCGCCUGUCAGGAAGAAAGCCAAGCGAAGUCCGGAAGAGAUUGUAGCUGCCAAGCAACAAGCACUGGAGAGACGAGCUCAAAAAGAUCAGGAGAAGCAGCAGAAGAUGAGACAACUGGAGGAGAGGAAACAGCAGAAGCAACGAGAGGCACAAGUACAAAGGGCACUCCGAGAAGCACAUAAAGCAGACAAGCCUGAGGAAUGUAUGAAGUACAUUACUGUCGUGAUAGAUCCGUUACUGUUAGAGGAUUCUGUUGGUGCUACCUUGCUGGCCAAACUGCAGGAACUCAACAGCAAAACGGCCGUUGAAUCUCAGGCCAUCCCUGGGAGUAUAACGUGGAGACGACAAGUCAUGCAACACAAUCUGGGAGAUGAUUUGCAGUUGCAGACUCUACAGCAUGAGAAGGAGGAGUGCGAAGCACUUAUUCAGCUUUCUGUGGCCAGCUUUGUUGACUUGGUGCACGCAUUCAAACAGGAGCAACAGGGUGCUUACUGCACAGGCCAGGAGUCCUUACGGACGUACGCCAGAAACACACAGCAAAUACUACAAGGGAAUGCAGUCACGUUCAUCGUUCAAGGAAUGGAAAAAUACUUCAGGUUGCAGAAGAAUUCGAGGCAGCGGAACUUCCGAUCGGCCGUCCUUGGCAACGAGCCAACUGAAAACGCCGCCAAGGCGCGUCGCAAGAAACGACCCAUUGAAGAUAUCACCACCGUUGUGACCAGGGUGGACGUGGAAGAAGCAUUAGUUGACUUGCAGCUACACGUAGGAUGCAACGUGCGCUUUGUGGAGACACCUGCUGAAGUAGCUGAUCUGGUUGCCAUGGUUACUAAGUCAGUGGCGGAGACGCCAUUCAAGAGGGAGCGAGACAAAGCCACCUUUUCUUUCCAUGUUGACACCGAGUGGGCCGGGGGCGUCAAGGUCAAGAAGGACGGCCAGGGUCUGCGUAGGGUGUGGCGACAGCAGUUGCAGCAGUUCCGCAACGUCAGUCCCCAGGUGGCCAACUCCAUCAUCGCUGUGUACCCCUCGCCAAGACAACUGUUACAGGCAUAUGCCAGAUGCGAUUCUGUUCAAGAAGCAAGGAAAGUACUUCAAGACAUUGUGAUAAGAAGAGGUGAAGGUGUUCUGGCAACAACUAGAAGGGUUGGCCCAGAGCUAUCCAAGAGAAUCCACACGCUCAUGACAUCAAGACAACCAGACCUGGACCUGUAAGCUUGCUGCAACACCACAGAGGGUUGGCCCUGAGCUAUCCAAGAGAAUCCCCAAACUCAUGACAUCAAGACAACCAGACCUGGACCUGUAAGCUCGCUGCAACACCACAGAGGGUAGGCCCUGAGCUAUCCAAGAGAAUCCACACAUUCAUGACAUCAAGACAACCAGAUCUGGACCUGUAAGCUCGCUACAACAACACAGAGGGUAGGCCCUGAGCUAUCCAAGAGAAUCCACACACUCAUGACAUCAAGACAACCAGACCUGGACCUGUAAGCUUGCUACAACAACACAGAGGGUAGGCCAAGAGCUAUCCAAGAGAAUCCACACACUCAUGACAUCAAGACAGUCAGAUCUGGACCUGUAAGCUUGCUACAACAACACAGAGGGUUGGCCCAGAGCUAUCCAAGAGAAUCCACACACUCAUGACAUCAAGACAGUCAGAUCUGGACCUGUAAGCUCGCUACAACAACACAGAGGGUAGGCCCUGAGCUAUCCAAGAGAAUCCACACACUCAUGACAUCAAGACAACCAGACCUGGACCUGUAAGCUCGCUACAACAACCUGGAGGGUAGGCCAAGAGCUAUCCAAGAGAAUCCACACACUCAUGACAUCAAGACAGUCAGAUCUGGACCUGUAAGCUUGCUACAACAACACAGAGGGUUGGCCCAGAGCUAUCCAAGAGAAUCCACACACUCAUGACAUCAAGACAGUCAGAUCUGGACCUGUAAGCUCGCUACAACAACACAGAGGGUAGGCCCUGAGCUAUCCAAGAGAAUCCACACACUCAUGACAUCAAGACAACCAGACCUGGACCUGUAAGCUUGCUACAACAACACAGAGGGUUGGCCCAGAGCUAUCCAAGAGAAUCCACACACUCAUGACAUCAAGACAGUCAGAUCUGGACCUGUGAGCUUUUUUUCCGAAGCUAAGUUUGCCAAAGACCUCAGGAAUUUUCAAUGCAUUUCUCAAAGUCUAAAGUAAUCAGGUUGUAUUGGUUUUGUUCAGAAUCAGGGAUCCCUUUGACUGUGCAGAUACAUGUUGCUAAUGUAACAAAAGAUUACUACUCAAAAACGUAGUACUGUAAAACUAGCCUCCUUGUCUUCCAAAUUUCUUUUAACAUCAGUGCAGCCAGCAUGUACAUUUUUACUUGGAUAAUCUGUCAGUUAUUUCACGUAUAUCUCUUGUAUUUUCCAUGUAAUUUUAUAUUGUACAGGAAAGUUUUCCAAUUUUGUUUUUGUAAUUUUGUAUUUCAGUGUCAUAUAUCAAGAAAAUGAGAAAUGCCUCGUUUGUUACGAUUUGUUAUCUUUAUAAUAAAGAAAUGCAUGCCAUUCAAA